AUGGAUUUAAAAUUAAAAAGUAAUUCAUGGGCUGGGAACAUAUUCCACCAGUUUGAGUCCAUUUGUCAGGAUGUCGACGAAUUUAUGACCAAGGACACCGUUAGAUUUGUCGAGGGCCAGGUGCAAAGUGUCAGUGUAAGUGUAAAAAAGUUUUAUUCUAAUGUGGUGCAAGAUAUACUUCCUUCUUCUGCGGACAGCUCAGAACAUGAAUCACAACCAGCAAAUAGUGAACAGGCUGAGAUUUGGGAUUAUGUGAAAUCUGACAGCGGCAUAAAAACGAACUCCACUAUUGUUAGUGAAAAGCGAUUAUCUGAGAAUCAGAGUCCCACUGAUCCUACAAUGAUUUCAACAUUGGAGGCUACCGAUUCUAGUUCAGACAAUGAGAUGCUUUCAGGAACAUAUGGUGAAGAUGGUAAGAGUUUAAUUCCUAUGAGGCACGAAGAAGAUUUGUUGAUAACUAAAGAAAUGGAAAAAAUGGCUUUUGGCGAUGGGGAAGGAAAUAAGGGCUAUUCAGAAGAUCCGGAGUGUCUUUUAAAUACGUCAAGCAGUGAUUUGUUAUUCGAGAGUGAUUUGUUAUUUGACGAAAACAAAUGUUUAUCUGAUCCGGAAGUAAAAGAAGGGUUCGUUCGUGAUAUUUCAUUUAAAGAUGAGAGCUUUGAUGUUUUAAGCUCAGCCCAACCACAUGAAUGUGAAUUUGCUGAUAUUUCUUAUGAUGAAACGGGUUCGAAUUCUUCUUCUUGUUACACCUCACCAAAAUGUUCAGAUAUAUUGGACUCUUCAUCUGAGGAUUUUUUGGAGAAAGCUGAAAAUCUAGACGCGUCUCGUGUCGAGUGUAAUGGCUCUGCUUAUAGUGUCACGAGCCCGUCUUCCAAUAAUGCCGAUUGUGGAACUAGGGCAGUGGAUGAGCUUUCAGAUUUCUUAACAUUUAAUUCCAAUGGAAACAUGGAUAAAUUUGUUGCUGGUAUUGGCGAUCAUAAUAUGGAAACUAUUGAUAUUUCACCUGGCUUGAAGCAUGAUGAAGCAAGAGUGAUUUCCAGUCGUAUAUUAAGCCAUGCUGGCACACAUGGAAGACGAGAUUUCAGAUAUUAUAAGGUAGUAUCUCUCAUUCGAUGA